GGAGAUUAGACUUCUGUUUGCCGGCAAGAGAGAGAGCGAGCAGCUGAGUUGCCCAGCGACAGAGCGAGGAGAGAGGCAGAAUACUGCUACGGGAGCCCCUGGUUUUUCUUCAUCGCAGGCCUUUGGAGGAUCACCAAUGAGACACAUUUAUAGGAUCACAGGAUUGCCCACCCCAGAAGGCUCACACUCUGCCUCUCUUAUUCGUACAGACACCUAUAUUGUCUGAUUCAGUCGAGGCUCCAGAUCAGUCAUAUGCAUCGUGCAUGCAACGGCUCGAGCGAUGGAGCUCUUACUGCUUUCUCUUUGAUCUGAGCAUCUGCAGUUGUCUACAGUCAUCACACAUAUCCAGGAACUGGAUAGAUUCCCUCGUGUUCCCCUGUACAUCACUUCAUCCAGAGCGGGUUGAGGCAGUGAGUACAGCUGCUCUAAUUAGAUUCCUCAGCCAGUGAGGCCAACGGCACAAGGGAGUGGCAAUCUGCCUGCGGAGGAGAACAUCUUCAAUGGAGAGACAAAGAGGAAAUGGGUGGCCCAAACUAAAGUCGACAGAUAGCAUAAAGUGUUUUACGGGAUUAGUCAUGGCCACAGUUAUCAACGUUGGGGGAUAGUGAGUUGUGUGUAAACCUUUGGCGUUUUUAUGUUUGCAGUGCAUGCAUGGUUGUGUAGUCUCUUGACUCAUAAUGCUCUCUGCACUCUUUAUUGACAUAAAUGUCUUCUCUCUGUGCAUGUGACAUCAGUUACCGUGGCAGUGGAGGCAAGACACACUGUUCUCCCUCCUCCCCUCACUGCUCUUUAAUGUCUGGAGAAUGAUCCAAUGUUGCACGCCUUUGGAGCCUCACACAUACACACAAGGGACUCUGGGAAUUGAAAUGCUGUGCGGUCAUUGGUUCUGAUCGACAGAAGAUCCAAAUAUAAUAGCUUAGCUAACUCAUCCUUCCUGCUGACCACCAACUGAUCUGUGUAAUGCUACCUAAACAAAUUUAAAUUGGAAUUCUGUUGCAACUAGUAUCACAACUACUGUUGUUACAACAGUCCACAAGUAGGACCAUCAAUAAUAGAUGCUAGUGGAAUCUGGAACAGAAGAACACUUUUAUUGCUCCCUGGACAUUACAAAAUUCAUACCGUUUUGUGUUUUUUUGAAAGACAAUAAUGGGACCCUUUUGCCAAGCUGGCAGUCAUGUAGCCUGUCUUAGUGAGCGUGUGUGUACAGCUUCUUGACCGAUAGCUUGUGUUUAUGUCUGCGGCUCAUGCUUUAGCGUUACUGAGGAGUAUCAGUCGGAGGAUAUUACAUAUGUAAGCCAAAAUUGUUGUGCAGGAAUCUUCAGCACAAACCUUAUCAAAUGGUCUAGAAGGUCCUGAUCUAGAAAGAGCUUGACUUGCUACAAAUGCAUUGCAUGUUACUUAUAUGGACAAUGGAAUUAAAGCUAAAAACUAUUGGCAUACCAGGUGGAACAGAUUAUUUCAUAAAGAGAGGGGUUGACAUUUAGUGUUGGUAUCCUUGAGACUUGCAAAGGCAUCAAACAAAUGUUGGUGUAUGACUAAAGGGUUGACCGCAGCAAUGCUUGUCUGCUGAGCAUGAACAGGUAGAACAGCUGUAGGUAUGCAGAACUGACCUCCAGAGGUUCAACAUAAAGAAUUGUACAUGAUCUUACCUUUAAAAAGGUAUUAAAUGACAUCAAUCUAACAGAGUUUGGCUACUGUUGUAUCUCACCUUUUUUCUGCUGGAAAUGGGGAAUUCUCUUGGUUGUGUAAAGCAGCCUAGAGAAACAGGACCAGGUGGUGCUCCUCCUCUGUCACCCAAGAGGAAACUCCGCUUCAGGAGAAAGCGCAAAGUGAAAAACACGCAGAAAGGUUUUGAAGCAGAAUCAGAAAAGAAGGAUGAAGUUGGAAAGAUUAGCCUUACAGGGGAGGCCAUUGUAAGUCCCACAGAUGAGGGUUCAAACAAACUAAGAUCAAACACAACAGUGACUGAAACUCCUACCCAGGUUGUCCUAGUUCCUGGUGUAGCACCUAUAUUAGGCAGCACAGGGACAUUGCGAGGGAGCAGGGUGGCUAUUCUAUCUCCUGCUCCUAGUCCGGCAUGGAUGGGGGCGUUCCAUCAAGGGUCAGAUGAAAAGGUGACCGAGCAAUCCCAAGCUAAGGCAAACCUGGGCAGCAUGACACCCGGAGGAGGUAGAGUCUGCCGGGUUCAAGGCAGGGUUCAAGGAAUUCUUGAGAGACCCUGCAUUUUAAGUGCUAAAAGUGGGGAACUGGAGACAGAGAGCAAAGAUAAAGGUAGACCAUGUAAGCUGUUGGCUGAUGAUGCAUCAGAAAUGGACAAGAAGGGAAUAGUUCACAUUCGGGAGGUUGAUGGAAGGCUUUGUGUUGUCCGAACUGUCUACCCAAGAGAUUAUGGAUCACCUUUGUGGCAUAAACAAGAAGUAGAAGUGCACUCAGGGCCACCUGUUGCAUCCCCUGUUAUUAGUGGCACUCAGAAAGUACAGCUGAUGGAAGAAGAGAGGCGAUCAUCAAUGGAUACCAUCAACAGCAAUCCAACAAUUGCUGUUGAUCAACCAGAGAAAAAAUUCUUGUUGGACAGCCAUACUUGGGGUGUAGAAGGCACUAGUCCCUUGCAGGAUCCCCAGUCUUCAGGUUAUGCCAGUGACGUGCCUAUUACUUCUCCAGACAUAGCGGGUACUGCUCAGACAGACUGGGGAAGCUCUUCUGAAGUACUGAACACUUCAAUAUUGGAGAGUCCCAUCUCCCCACCAGAGAAACCAUCACAAACCCCUUCCCAGAUCUCAGAGAUCUAUGUGAGCGGUGAGUCAGGAGACUUGACAGCCAAGGAGAAGCUUUUGCUAUGGUCUCAAAAGGCCAUCGAGGGCUACCCUGGCAUCCGCUGCGUCAACUUCUCCUCCAGCUGGAGCGAUGGACGCAUGUUCAAUGCCCUCCUGCACAGAUACAGGCCAGACCUGAUUGACAUGGAGCUGGUGGCACGCCAGAGUAACCGUGACAACCUGGAGCAGGCUUUUGAAAUCGCAGAGUCGCUAGGGGUGACACGACUUCUGGAUGCUGAAGAUGUGGACGUACCAUCACCCGACGAGAAGUCAGUCAUCACCUAUGUGUCCUCAAUCUAUGAUGCUUUCCCCAAGAUCCCAGAGGGAGGAGAAGGCAUCACGCCACAUGAGGUUGAUCAGCGAUGGGCAGAGUACCAGUCUCAUUUCUCAUCGUUGCUGCAGUGGACGAGGCAGCACACGGCCCUCAUGGCCAGCAAGAACUUCCCCCAGAACCCUGUGGAGCUCAAGGCACUUUAUAAUGAAUAUGUCCACUUCAAAGAAACAGAGAUUCCUGCUAAGGAGACCGAGAAGGGGCACAUUGAACACCUUUACAAGCUGCUGGAGGUAUGGAUCGAGUUCGGGCGCCUUAAACUUCCACAGGGAUUACACCCUAAUGACCUGGAGGAGCAGUGGGGGAAACUGAUCCUGGAGAUGCUGGAGAGAGAGAAGGCACUGAGGCCUGCUGUGGAAAGACUGGAGUUACUCCUCCAGAUGGCUAAUAAGAUUCAGAACAUGGCAGUGGACUGUGAGGAGAAACUCACCCUGGCCAAGAACACGCUGCAGUCGGACAUGUCUCUGCUGGAGAGAGGAGAACAGGCACACUGUGAGCAGGAGCUGGGUGCAUACCUGCAGGACUGCGAGGCUCUGGUCCGCCAAAUGCAACUGGACCUGCAAAUCCUCCGAGAUGAGAAGUACUACCAAGUGGAGCAGCUGGCCUUCAGAGUAACACGUCUGCAGGAGGAGCUGGUCUCCCUGCGACUGCAGUGCUCCAGCGUUUACAGAAAAGGCCACUUCCUGUCAGGAGGAAUUUUGGGAGAGCAAACCCAAAGGCUCUCCUCAGGGAGCUUGGCCACGCUUGGAGCGCAGACAUUGCUCGGGGCAGCAGGUGUCAUGGCGAACCUGCUCAGACGGCCCAUGUCUCGCUCCGAACUGGUGGCCAUGUCCUCAUCGGAGGAUGAAGGAAGCCUGCGCUUCAUUUACGAGCUACUGGGAUGGGUGGAGGCAACGCAGGAGUUGCUGGAGCGCGCUGAAUGGGGCUCGGACCUGCCGUCUGUAGAUCAGCACUUGCAGGAUCACCACACCAUCCACACUGCCGUGGAAGACCAGCUGCACAGCCUGAAGGAGGCUCGUAGUUAUGAGCCAAGUGUCUCUUCCAAUUUUCGAAGCAAUUAUUCCGAAACUCUGGCCAAGCUGGAGAACCAGUACUGCAAGCUGCUCGAGAAUUCGUCAUGGCGACUACGUUGCCUGGAGAGCUUGAGAGCGUUUGUGUCAAACUGCACUGAAGAGCUCAUCUGGCUCAACGAGAAGGAAGAGGAGGAGCUGGCCUUCGAUUGGAGCGAGAACAACAACAACAUGGCUGCAAAGAGAGAACAGUAUGCUGAAUUGAGGUCAGAGCUGGAGGAAAAACAGGAAGUGAUGCACUCCCUACAGGAAACAGCCGAUCAGCUGUGUCGGGAAAACCACCCAGCCAAGCAGACUGUAGAGGCGUACAGAGCUGCCUUACAGACACAGUGGCAGUGGGUUGGACAGCUGGGUGUAUGUGUGGAGCAACAUCUCAAGGACAACACUGCCUAUUUUCAGUUCAUGAGUGAUGCACGAGAAUGUGAGACAUACCUGCGACAGCUUCAGGACACCAUCAAGCGGCAGUACACCUGUGACCAAAACAGCCGACUAGGCAAACUGGAGGACCUGCUGCAGGACUCCAUGGAGGAGAAGGAGCAGCUGAUCAAGUAUCGUAGUUCAGUGGCCAGUCUGGUAGGACGGGCCAAGACGGUGGUCCAGCUCCGCCCACGUAGCGCUGAAUACGUUCUGGAUUCUGCCACGCCCAUCCGCUGCAUCUGUGACUACAAACAAAUAGAGGCCAACUCUCAGAUCACGGUUAGUAAAGGAGAAGAGUGCGUGUUAGAGGACAACUCGCAGAGGACGAAGUGGAAGAUCAUCAGCCCGACAGGAAAUGAGGCCAUGGUGCCAUCAGUGUGCUUCACAGUUCCGCCUCCCAACCAGGAGGCUAUUGACACUGCCAGCAGAACGGAGCAGCUGUACCAGAACGUGAUGUCUUUAUGGCACCAGCUGCACAUGAACAUGAAGAGCGUGGUGUCCUGGCAUUAUCUGCAGAAGGACAUCAGCAACAUCUCUUCCUGGACUUUAGACACGAUGCGCUUCCAGUCUCCAUCUGACAGACAGCAGGCUCUGGAUCACCUGGACGCCCACCUAGCUGAUUUCCUAGCAGACAGCCGUGAGAGUGCCUUGUUUACGGCAGCCGAGAGGCGCGAUCUCGAGCAGGGAGCACAGAACUGCCACGAGCACUGCCAAGCACUGCUGAUCUCCAUGGAGACGGUGGAGAAGGAUGAGUCUGUAUCACGCUCCUACCUCUCAGAGCUGCAGAGCAUCAAGUCCCAUUUGCAGGAGGCGGAACAGAAGCUGAUGAUGGGCAUGCAGACUCUGCCCCCUAGUGGUGUGUCAGGAGAUGGUGCAGGGACUGCUGUUCAAAUUGCAGAGCAAGAGAAGCUGCAUCAACAUCUGAAAAAUCUGCAGUCGGAUCUGGGUGACGUGUCUAGACGCUGCGUGAGCUUCUUCGAGGAGAAGCCUUCCUCUUCCAGUGUGCCUAUGCUUCGAUCCGAGCUCAAUCUGGCUGUGGAGAAAAGUGAGCGGCUCAACUCGCUGUCCUCCGUCUAUCUGCACAAGUUGAAAACGGUAGAUGUGCUGAUGAGAAGCUUACAGGCUGCUGAGAGUCAGGUGAAGAAGUAUGAAGGACGGUUGAGUGAGGAGGAUAUAGUUCCUGCCGAUACCACUGCCAUCCAGGCCUUGAGAGAGCAGAUAAAGAAGUGGCAUUCAGAGGUGAAGGAGCAGGACCACAUCUUCCAGUCUCUGAGCUCAGAGGUGCAGCGGGCACGGGAAGCAGGCACUCAGCUCAGUCAGCUACAUGCUGAGCGCAGUCCUGAGCUGGAACGCUAUCAGGAGAAAGCCCAGCAGCUCACAGAGCGAUGGAAUGGAAUACGCAGGCAAAUGGAGACACGGCAAGCUGAUCUGGAGAUGGUAGGCUCAGUGCUGCAGCAGUACAGAGACAGUCACUCAGGUCUUAUCCGCUGGAUCGAAGAGACCACCGCGAAACAGGAGAACACUCAGCCCGAGCAGACUGACAGCAAAUCCCUGUCUGAACAGCUCGCCCAGCAGACGGCUUUGGUGGCUGAGAUUGAACAGAACCAAGCGAAACUGGACGAGUGCCAGACGUACUCUAAACACUACUGCACUGCUGUUAAGGACUAUGAACUGCAGCUGAUGACUUUUAGAGCUUUUGUGGAAUCAACUCAGAAGUCUCCAGUGAAAAGGAGGAGGAUGCAUUCUUCAUCAGAUGCCAUAACACAAGAGUUCAUGGAUCUUCGCACUCGCUACACAGCUCUGGUGACACUGACAACACAACAUGUCAAGUACAUCAGUGAUGCACUGCGGAGACUCGAGGAGGAAGAGAAACAAGUGGAGGAGGAGAGACAAGCCUGUGUGGGUCAGGUCUCGGACCUGCUAGGUUGGGUUAAGGGCCAUCAGGAGAGAGCCGCUGGACCAGCUGAGACGUCACUUGCUGCACAGCAGGCGAUCGGUGAGCAGUUAGCUUCAAAAAGCGAAGAAGUUGCUGAAGCAAUCAGAAGCACACAAGUCUUCCUUCGUUCAAAACAAGCCAGCAAACUGUCCCCUGAAGAGCGUGCCCAAGUUGCCUCACAGCUGGAUGAAUUGAAAUCUACCUACAACCAGCUGUGUGACCGCUCUGCCGCUCAGCUUCAACAGCUCGAAGAACAACUGGCCAAAGAGGAGAAACGAAAGGGAUAUGGGACCAUCGCUGGAGUAAUUGAUCUUGGUACUGUGGAAACCUUCCCAGUUUUCCAGUCAGCACAGCGAGGCCUUAUAGACCAGGACACAUGCUAUGUGCUGCUGGAGGCACAGCUUGUUAGAGGUGGUCUAUUACAUCCUGAUUCCCCUCAGGGUCUUUCAUUAGAAAAGAGUUUCACCUCUGGUCUGAUUGAUAGCCGUAUCUACCAGUCACUGUCAGAAAUAGAAGCUGCCCUCCAUCUUGUCCAAGAGUCACAAUUCGCGAAGAGCCACACAAUACCAGCUGCUGCUGCUAUGGAGGUGGGCUACAUAAAAGAACAAGUUGGGCUUCGUAUCCUAGAGCUGCAGGUGAGCACAGGAGGCUUUUGGGAUGACUCCAAUAAUGAAAUUCUUACUCUUGAAAAUGCUAAAGAGAGAAGUCUCAUCUCGGCUGCUGUUUACGAUAAGCUGUGCUCCCGUCUUGAAAGGCAAGAGCUUAUUGAUCCUAAUACAGCUGAAAAACUCAGUCUGUCCGAGUUUUAUCAGAAAUGCAUUUUGAAUCAGGAGACUGAUCUGCGUCUACUGCCAGUUAAUCAGCAGUCACGAGGAACAAUCUGCUUACGAUCUGGUAUAAAGGUUGGCAUUUUCCGGGCAGCUCGAGAGGGACUGAUUGACAGAGAAGUUACUAUUAGGCUUCUAGAGGCUCAGCUGUUUGCAGGUGGCAUUCCCGAUCCCCGCACUGGUCACCGACUGACAAUAGAUGAAGCUGUGAGGCAUGGACUUAUGGACCAGGACCUUGCAUGUGCCUUAUUGACUCACCAGUUAAAAUCAGGUGGAAUCAUAGACCCAGUUACUGGAGAGCGCCUAGAAUUAGAUGAAGCUCUCCAAAGAAACCUUCUCUCUCCUCGCAUGGCUUUAAGGGUGCUAGAAUCUCUUUGGGCUUUUAUGGGCUUGUUAUGGCCAGAGUCAGGGGAGCUGCUUCCUAUAACUGAAGCUCUACAGCAAGGUGUCAUUUCAGGUGACCUAGCUCGGAAAGUCCUAAACAAGCGCCAUUUUAUUAGCACAAUCUACUCUCCAGAGAGUGGUGAGUUGAUUCCUCUGGGCCAUGCUGAGAAAGUUUUGGGACCAGAAGCCACAAACCUUCUUCAACAGACACACAUUCCAGACUUUCUGCCUACAAUGACUCAAACAAGGUCUCUGCAGUACCGGGGUUCUUUCUCUUCAGCCACUGCCUCACUGCCACGCUUUCAUUCUGAUACUUCCUUUUUGGAAUUGUCCAGGUCCCAGGAGCAAGACCUCCACUAUCUCCUCUCUUACCUUAUGACACACAGCUACAUAAACGCUCACUCAGGAGAGCGUCUGGUCCUUUUGGAACCUGAACUGAUGAAGCUCAUUAAUGUAACUGGAGCAACAAAAGAUCAAAACAGACAUAAACCACAGUUGAAAGAGCCCUCUGACAGAGAGGCAGCAGGGGAACCUCUGUUUAUGAGGUCAUUAAGUGAAACAAAACAAGAAAACAUUCAAAUUCUUAUGGAUGGGGAUAACACUGCUCUUAUGAAUGCUGUACAAAGAGGUGCUGGCAUUUCUUUAAAGGAAACCAGCACUGAUGGAACAUUAGUAAAGCUCUUAGAUACCGACUCCAAAGUAUCAGAAACAAAACCUGGGACAUCACCCCUAUUUGUUAAAGAGGUGAAGAUGUUGUCUACUGAUUCCACAUUUCAGUCAAGUCCAGACACAGAAGGAAAGAGUAGGAAAGAACAGCCAGGUAAAGCCAGUAAAGAUACUGUAGAAGAAAAUCAGCCUGAUGAACUUGCCAGGGCUAAAAUUGAAGUAUCAGCUGUAAACAAACAAAUCUUGGUUGAAACAGAUACCAGCAGAAACGGAGAAAGUGCAGACUCAUCAAAAAUAAAUUGGACCAUAUCUGUGGACAAUUCUGAAGAAGCAGAGCUUGAUCGCAUGGCUAAGGAGAUGCUGCAGGGAGGUCUUUUGACUGCUGGGUCCCAGAAGUUGCUCCUUCAUGAGGCUGUAUACCAGGAUCUGCUUCCAGGGAAUACUGCUGUAAAACUAAUGUCUAAAGCAGAGCUUUUUGGUGGUUUCCUGGAUGCACAUGCUUGCCAACCACUUAGCCUUGAUGAUAUUACGCAGAAAGGUCUCCAGGAUAAAGAGUUAAUGACUAAGGUUAUCCAGUCUGAAAAGACUAUGGCUGGUGUGUUUGAUGUGGAACAUGGUCGAAUAUGCUCACUAAAGGAGGCUGCUAAAGAAGGGCUCUUAGAUACAGAUACAGUGUCUCGCCUUCUUGAGGCCCAGAUUGCCUCUGGGGGAAUUAUUGACCUUGAAGAAGGCAAAAAGGUUUCAGUCAACGUUGCAGCCAAACGUGGGCUAAUAGAGGAAAAGCAAAAAGAUGGACUGCUUUUAUUAGAGAAAUCAUGCCAUGGAAAGAGUUCUGAUUCACAUGCAACACAAACAAUGUUGAAACUACAACUACAGAUGAAUGGAAUAAUAGACCCCAAAACAAAACAACCUGUACAACUCCAACAAGCUCUUCAAAAAGGUCUCAUUACUAAUGAGGAAACUGAGCAGAUCCUAAUGCAACAGGUAGCUGAAGGCGGAAUUGUGCACCAUGGGUCUGGCAUUCGCCUCAGUGUUACUGAUGCAGUACAUCAAGGCAUCAUUGACGAUUCACUUGCUUCAAAACUCAAACAGUUUGAGAAGUCAAGACGAAACCAGUUUAGUUCAGAUCCGGAUGCUGCUUUUCUUCAGGCUACUGUAGGCUUCAUUUAUGAUGGUGCUUCAAAGAGCAACCUUACAUUGACUGAAGCUGUCUCUUCUGGUGUGAUUGAUCAGGCCACUGCAGAUAAAGCUAUGGACUCUCCAAAUGUAAAAAGUGGUAUUUUGGAUCCUCAAAAUGCUUGUGUUUUGCCAUACUUUGACCUAAUAAAACAGGGAAAGAUUGACAUUGAGACUGGUAGGAGAUUCCUUGAAGUAAGACCAUUUAGAGGUAUUCCAAACAAAGAAAAUGGUGACCUGAUGACUGUGCCAGAAGCAGUGAGGACUGGUCAAGUUGAUCCCAUUCCAGCACUCAGAUUAUUGCAAAGUCAGGCAGAUUCUGGAGGUAUCAUCAAUAUAUCAAAUGGGGAAAAACUACCUCUUCUGGAUGCUAUUGACAAAAACAUUGUUCAAAAAGAUGUUGCCAUGGUUAUUGCUAAAAAUCAGUUUUUGAAAGGUGGAAUAGUUAGCCUUGUCAGUGGACAGAGGGUAUCAAGUCUUGAUGAGGCUGUUAAGGAUGGGCUAAUCUCUAAAGAAAUGGCUGCAGAACUUUGUGAUAACUUUGGUCUUGUGGGUCCUCUUGCAUCACAGCAUUUUGCAUAUCAGGACAGUCCUACAGUGAGGAGUUAUGAAAACGUAGAAGUAAGCACAGUGCAAUUUGCCAACACCAAAGAGCCACAAUCGUGGACUACAGAUCUUCAUAAAGAUAAAAUGGAGACUGAUACAGAUGAAAAGCUUCAGGUCCAUCAACAUUAUCUAAUGUCUGAAUUAGUGGAACAGAUGCAUGUGGAUGAUUCAAGUGGAGUUGGAAAAGAUGCUGAUGUAUCAUUGGCGGUUCUAAGUCAGUUUGCUUUAAAAGCAGAAAGAAGGCUACAGGAGGCAAUUGAAGAAUGUAGUCCUAAACAACAUAAUGCUGUAGAACCACAGCAAGAACCAAGACUUGUUCAGAUUCCACAAAUAUCUGCAACUGAAGCUGAAGUUGGAAAAAGCUAUGACAUUUCACCCCAAACCACAAAGCCAUUUAUCCAAAUACAGACAGGCACUAAAGCAGACAUAAACCUGGAAAACUAUGAGAAGACUGACAUCAGCAUUGUUCCAGAAAUAACUCAGAAGGUGCAUAAAGUCCAAAUUGACAAAGAAACAAAGCAGAUUACUAUGGCACCAGAACUACAGUCAGUGUCUGAUAUAAUCCAUGAAAGUGAAGGGAGCACUGACAAUGGAAAUGACAUUCUUAUAUCAACAGUUACUGAGGAGCAGAAGAUGCCAGGAAAAAAGAAAGGAAGAGGAAAACAUAAAAAGCAAACCAAAGUCUGCACAGAAAGCGAUAAAGGUUCAGAGGUACAACUACUAUAUACAAGUAUGACACCACAGUUACAGGGUACUGAGGACAAAAAUGGAAUAAAAGUUUGCUCAACUGAAAAAUCUGUACCCAUUGUGAAAACAGAGAAAGAGGUUGGAAUGGAGUUUGAAACUAGAAGAACUCCAGUGGAGCAUGAAUCAUCAUCUGAAGGCGCCACUGCAAAUGAGUUCAGAAGUGAAGUUUUAGAUAUUGAGGAAAACAAGGUCAAUACAGAGGAGGCUAAAGGCAGCCAAUUGAUCAAAGUUAGCAUCGUUCAAAAAUCUGAGCAUUGUAUAAAAACUUCUGAGAUGAAUGCAACUUCUCCUGUACAUGCUGUUGAAAAGAAGACUAUAGAAGCUGAUCUUGGUAUUGAUCAAAAAUCUUCAGAAGAUAAAGUGCUCAAACAGGUCACAGAGUCAGAGUAUAGAACGGAAGCUGUAGUCACUGCUGAGAAAUCCAAAGAGGUGGACAUGAAAGGAGAGGCUCAAGAAGAUUUGCAAGUUUUAAACCCUCCAUAUUUGAGCGUAACUUCACCUAUAGAGAAAAUCGGCACCACGUCUGAAAAAGAUGCAGUUAUUACAGAAAAAUCUGAAGAGCUGUUCAUUAAGAAAGAGGUCAAAACAGAUUUGGAGGUUAUAAAAGCUUCAGAUCUGGAAGAGCCUUCUCUUGUAGACAAUAUUGAGGACACUGGAGAAGAACUUGUUGCCCUUGAUCAAAGACGUGUUAAUGAUGUGAAAGAAUCAAGUGUGGAAGACAUCAAGGUGGAUUUGGAGGUUCUGAAACCUUCAUAUAUGAGCAUGACUUCGAGCAUAGUGAGUACAGAGAACAAAUUCGAAAAGGAAGUUGUAGUCACUGACCAGAAAUCUGAAGAUCUGACGAUGAAGAGAAACGUCGAAGUAGAUUUGGAGGUUAUAAAAGCUGCAGAUCUGGCAGGGGUUUCUCUUGAGGAGGAUAUUGAGGGUAAAUCUGGAACAGAAGUCUUUGUCAGCGAUGAAAAAUUUGUUGCGGAUGUGAAAGAACAGAAAGAAGAUGAAGUGGAUGUGGAAAUUCUGAAGCCUAUAUGUAUGGGUGCAACUUCACCUACAGAAGGCAAGGAACCUGUGGUUGGAAAGGACAUUGUAGCCACUGAUAAGAAAUCUGUAGAAGGAAAGAUAAUGAAAGAGGCCAAACAAGAUUUGAAGGUUAUUACAGGUGUCAAAUAUACCAAGGGCACAUCUGGAGAAGAUACUGGCGAUCAGAUGUAUGUGGAAGAGCAAAGAGAAAUUAAAAUGGAUUUGGACACACUAAAAUUUCCAAGCAUAAUUUCGCCUACAGAGGGCACCAAGAACUAUGAUCAAGUCACUGUUCAGAAAGAUUUGGAAGUUAUAAAAACACCAGAUACAACGGAGGAUUCACCUGAAAAACCCAUGGAGAGCAUGUUUACAAAAGAAUUUGCUGGCAUUGAUGAAAAAUCCAUUGAUGUAGAGGUAAAAAUAGAGAGACUGGUCAAAGCAGAGACGUCAAGAGUGCCAGAUACAAGUGAUGGUAUUGAGUCUAUCCCAGAGUCUCUACACCAAGAAAUAGAGGAUGUCAAGGGUAUAUCAGUGUCAAAACAGAGGCAACCCAUGGAAAAUAUAAGUCUGAUUGCUGAAACAUCAAAACUUGACCCUGCAGUUUUGGUGGAUGUCCACACGAAAGAUAAACUGCAGAGACAAAUGCAGUCUACAGUCAUAAAUGAUACGUCAAAAACACAGGUUGACCGUGAAAUAGAUUUCAAUGAGGACCUUGCCCCAGAUCAAUCAGACAAGAAGAGGAAGAAGAAAAGAAAAAACAAAAAAGCCAAGAUGGAAAAUACUGAAAAGGAGUCAGAGGAGAGCAAAGCUGAUGAGCCAGUGCAAAGACCACCCGCUGAUGUCGCAUCUCAAAGUGAUACAGUCAGUGCAGUAAGACAAGAUGAAAUGGAGCAACCUCAAAAGCCUAAGCAGGCACAGCGGGAGAAAGAAGCACUUUUGAUGAAAGCCAAAGAAAGCAUACUUAGGAAAGUCUUUGAGAGGGGUGUCAGUGAGAAACAGGCUGCAGAAGAGUUAGAAGCAUUACGUCAGGGGUCGGCUAAAGAACGGCAUGAGAAAGCCAAGCUAGUGGAGAAAUCGUCUUCACUCCAUCCAAAGGAAAAUGAGACUGAUGUAAUAGAGCAGACAAAGCAGAUAGACAAAAAUACAAACCUUCUACCAGAAAAUGUUUCAACUGGGACAGACUCUACACAAACCCAUUUUAGCCACACAGAUCUGACUGAUGAUAACAUUUACAAAAAGCAAGACUUAAGCUGUACGGAGAGCUCACAUGUUACUACUGACCCCAGUAAGCAAACAUCAAAGCCCAUUAUUGGUAUAGACAGCCAAGUUGAUGAGACAAGAACACAAGAAUCUGUACGUCUCAAAAGUGAAAAGCUAGAAGACUCUGUAGUUCUCAAAGAACCAAAGACUACUAUUACUGAGGAAGAUAAAGACCACCAAAAAUCUCUGCCAAAAACCAAAGACGCUGUAGCACAGAGUACACGUGAACAAACCUCCAAAACAGAGCUGGAGUAUACAAUUAGCAAGGAGUCUCUGCAAGCCAUGACUAAUGAAUACUCUUCAAUUGACAAUGAUUUCAAAGAUGAAUCAUCCAUUGAAGAGUCUUCGGAGUCAAGAGUGUCUUAUUUAGAAGAGGUCCCUGAGUCUGAUACUACAGAAUGCUGGGAAGAGGAGGACUUUGAAGAAUGUCAAGAAGGCGUCAAUGAAAAACAGGCUGAAGACCUGGCCAAAAAACAGAAGACAGCCUCACAGAUAAGCAAGUCCUCUUUGGUCCGGCAAGAAUGCUUGGAACAUGAUCAACAAAUUGUAGCUCUGCUGUCCAUGGUACGACACACUGAAGUCCGUCUUAAGCAACAGCAGCAACAAUUUAUGGGGAGGAGUCUUGCCACGCUUGAUGACAUCAUUAAACAGACAGAGGCUCUUGCUCUAGAGCUCACUGAUUUGGAGCCCCAAGUAAACAGGGAGGUUGAAGCAGCUAAGCAGCUCCUGGAGUCACACAGUGAAGAUGUCCCACCCCAGUUAGUCACAGCGCUGGAGAAGGACCAGCGGAGUCUCUCCCGUACAUUUAAUGCUGCAAAAGAACUCGCUGAGAGCGCUCUGCAAGGGAUGCAAUCACAUCGUGAUGCACAGAAGGAGGCAGUGCGUACUGAGUUGGAGUCUCUGACUGGGCGAGUGGACAGUCUUCUGAGCUGGCUUAAAGACACAGAAACUCAGAUGGAGCAAGAAGGAGAUUCAUCUGAGGAUGGAACGAUUAAAGAGAAUGAUAGAAGAACAUUAGUGUGGCUCACGCAAAAACUGCAACAAGUCAAGGAUCUACAGGAGUGUCUCACAACUCGCUCCAAUGAUGUAAAUGCUGUGGCGUUUGACAUCCAGGUGUUCAUCUCAGAGUGCGCACAGGAUCUCGCACCUGAGCAAAGCAGGCGUCUGCUUAGACAGCUGCAGCAGCUCCAGAAUGCCUUUCACCAGGCCUCAGGACGCACCCACGCCAGGGCUGAGGCCCUCUCAGUCCAACGUGUCAGAGAAGAGGAGAGAGAGCAGAAGGAACGAGAGAGGGAACAAGUGGAAAGAGAGAGAGAAAAAGAGAGACAGACUGCUAGGGAGAGAGAGGUAGUGCAGCAGCAGAAAGCAGAGUGCUCACAGAAGCUUGAAGGCCUCAGUAUGUGGUUGGCUGGUGUAGCGGGCCUGCUAGCCAAUCAGAGAACAGGAGAUGAGUCAGAUGAUGUGAAUGUACUUCAGCAAAAGCACAGUGAACUCAAGGAGGUCCAGAAAGAUCUUCAGACUAAAGGUGAUGGUAUGUUGGAGACAAUCCGGUCAGUGGAGGAGUUCCUAGCUGAGCGUGGUGGUGAUCUGAGUCCAGAAGAAAGGGCUAAACUACAGGCAGCACUGACACAUAUGAAAGAGCAAUACCACACCCUCACAGACACUGCCCAGUCCUCACUGGCUCAGCUGGACUCAACCAUCAAUACAACUCUCCAGCAAAACACACAAAGGGCUAAAGCAGAAGAGCAGCUGCAGGAGACUCAGGGAAAAAUCGAUGUGCUGCUUAAGGAGUUAUCGACACUGGACACCUCUAAGAGGAAGUCUCUUAGUGAGACUGUUCCAGAUGCUAGUGUGCCCGUGGGGUCACUGAACUCGCACAAUGACAUGCUGAAGGCUGAUUUGCAGCAGUUACAAGCCCAGCAGGCUCACCUCCUACAGGUGGCCCAGUCCACACGCUCUCUCCUGGAGCAGCCAGACUCGAGCGUUCCCCCAGAAGAGAAGCAGCGCCUACGUGCCAAACUAGACCAGCUCCAGAACCAGCACCAAGAACGUCUCCAGAGCUGCCAGGAGAGACUAAGACGGACUGAAGCACUUCAGGAUGACCUCUCCAAAUUCAUGGAAGAACAUGGCAACCUGGGAGCAUGGCUGGAGCAGAGUGAAAGGGAGCUGCAUUCCUUAAGGGAAGGAGAAGCUGAUGCACAAGGGCUGAAAGACAGGCUGGAGGAGCAUAAAAAGCUGGCAGAUGAUGUGAUAUGCCACAAGGCAGACUUGCGCUUCGUGUCCAUUUCUGGACAGAAGGUGCUGGAUUCGGUACAAGGGUCUCAGGAAAGGGAGGGUGCUAUUGACCCAGCUCUACAGGACACAUGGCAGCUUGUCAGUGAUAAGCUAGAAGAUGCAACACAACGCUACGCUUCUCUACAGAAUAAGUCUGUCGAUCUUGGUACCCAUCUGUCCAGUCUACUGGAUCGCUACCAGCAGUACCAGGACGAGGCUACAGCUCUGGAUUCAUGGCUCACUGCUCAGGAGCAGAACCAGAGCAUAUUAAAACCCAGUGGAGAGCAGACAGAUACACAGACACUACAAAAUACACUGAAGACUGUACAGCAUCUGCAAGAUGAGCUAACUGAGCGCUCAGUGCAACUGGAGAAGGUGAGGAAAGCUGGGAAAGUGCUCACAAGCACCCAGGACUCUCCCAAACUCAAAACAGCAGAUAUCAGCACCGCCACAGAUAAACUUGAGAAGCGGUUCGAAACUCUGUCAGAGUGUGCGUCUCAGAGAGCUGAGCAACUCCAGACUGCUGUCGCUCAGUCUGUCAGUGUUCAGGAGGGACUCAAAGCACUGCUCUCCUGGCUGGAUGGUCUAGCAUUAGACCCUGGACCAGUCCAACCUACUGCCCAAGCAGUGCAGGAGGCUCUCACCCAAAAUCAGAAACUGCGGCAGGAAUUAUUGUCACGGCAGGGCAGUGUGGAGGCCACUCGUGACUCUGUGUCUAAGCUGUUGAAAUCAGCAGAUGCAUCGACAGUCUCUGGUCUGCAGGGGGCACUGCAGGAUCUGAAUCAGCGCUACACCACAGCCCAGACCAAGCAGGCUGAGAAAGAAGCCGAACUGCGGGCAGUUCUGCCCAAGCUGGAGGGCUUCGAGCGCCUGAACUCGGACCUCCACGACUUCACACAGAGCCGCGAGAGAGUUCUGAGCCUCGGGGGCCUGCCGGACCACAGUGUCGAGGAUUAUAAACACACCAUAGAGGAGGUAAAAUCAGAUCUUGUCCAAGAAACAAGUCAGUUGAAGUCAUUCGUGGAGCUUGGUACAGACCUGAGCAAGUCAAGACUAUUUGAAAAUGCACAUAUCCUCGUGGACUCUACCAAAAAGGUGUCUGAUGAGUUUGCUCGACUAGAAGCCAGCGUCAGUGAGAGGCUAAAUGCCACCCAGGGCUGUGACCAGCAGCUGGUGCAGUUCCGCUCGCUUUCUGGCUCGUUGCUCAGGUGGCUGCAGAUGGCACAAGAGCAGCUGCCUGCUAAAGAACCCAACCUGAACACAGAGGGCCUGCAGAGAAGAGUACAGCAGCUCAAGGACCUGCUGAGUGAGUGGGAGUCCCAGGGCAAUCGAGUUCAGGAGCUAAACAAGAGCAGCUCAGAGCUGGAGAGUCUGAUCAUCAGCAUCACUGCUCCACAAAGCAAGACUAGUGUCCCCACGCUAAAUGGUGCCGGUGGCUCCAGCAGUCUCAAUGGCAUUCACACCUGCAGAGACCUGACUGAGAUCCAGGUGGUGGUGGCGGACGUGAACAGCAAGUAUGAGCAACUGGGUGGGGAUCUUCAGGAGAGGCAGAGCAGACAACAGGCUUCUCUCGAGCUGUGCCAGAAGGUCAGGCAGGACUCUGAGGCUCUAUUCCAGUGGCUUGGUCCUCGGGAACAGAGCCUGGCACAGGGGCAGACCGCAUCACCUUCACGACCUGAGGCAGUCCAUGCCCAGGCCCGAGAAAACAAGGCCUUGCUGUCUGAGCUUACAGAACAUUCUGGAAAAGUGGAGGACCUGAAGAACACCCUAAAGCAGCUGAUACAAGAAAAUCCUGACUCCCCUGAAGCAGAGACCUGGAAAAAACAACUACAAGACCUAGAUACUCGAUGGGAGAAAGCCAAUCAGACUGCAGCACAACGGCAGUCAGAACUGGAGACAUGCGCUGACAGAUUGGGCAACUUUGCAUCAGCAGCCAAUCAGCUCGGUCCCUGGCUGCGUGAGAAAGAGCUGAUGAUGAGUGUGCUUGGCCCCUUGAGCAUUGACCCUAACAUGCUCAACACUCAGAAGCAACAAGUGCAGUUUAUGCUGCGUGAAUUUGAAACACGGCGUGCCCAGUUUGACCAGCUGACUCAGGCAGCUGAGGGUAUCCUCUCACCUGUUGGAGAGCAGGGCUCUGGUGACAGCCAGGAUGUAGCUGAGGUGAAGCAGGAGCUGGCCUCCAUAACCCAGCAGUGGGAGGACCUGACUUCUCGCCUGUCUGGACGUUCUGACCAGAUUGAGCGUGCUCAGGGCACCAGUGAGCGCUUCCAGGCUCUUCUGAAGGAGCUCUCCCAAAGUUUGUCCCAGUUGGCUGAGAAGCUGGAUGCCCAGGCCUCGCUAAGUGCCCAGCCCGAGGCCCUGCGCCACAGGCUGAAGGAGACAGGAGAGAUCCGUGCAGAGCUCGAGCAGAGGAGAGGCCAGCUGGCCCAGGCCGAGCAGCUGUGUGCAGAUCUCAGCGCUAUUGUGGUUGAGCCUUACCUCCGUGAAGAGCUGCACAAGAGACUAGAGAGCGUCAGUGGCCCACUCAACAGCCUGGAGGAAAGAGCAGCGGAUGGUCUAUCCCAGCUGCAGGCUGCUCUGUCAAGUACACAGCAGUUCCAGCAGAUGUUUGAGGAGCUCCGUACCUGGUUAGAUGGGCAGGCUGCUGCAAGAACACCCAGCAUGUCUGAUCCUCUCCCCUGCCAGCCAGAAGCUCUGCAAGCCCUUGUUGCCGACCAAGAAGAGCUUCAGCGUGGCAUGGCACAACAACGAGGGUCAUACGAGCUGAUUCAGGCUGAGGGAGCAUCUAUCCUGGCAUCACUUCCUGCUGGAGAUGAGCGCUCGGGUCUGCAGGCUCGUCUAACCAAGCUGCGCCAGGACUGGGAGGAAGUUAACCAAUGCUUCACAGAAAAGCAAGCACAUAUUAAGGAGACACUGGGCCGUGCUGUACAAUACAAGCAGCAUCGUGAUGAACUGACUCCCUGGCUGAAGGACUGUGAGCAGAAAGAGGCAGAGAUCCAACCUUCUGUGGAGCCUGCUGCCCUUGAAGAAGCCCUGCAGAAAGCAAGACAAUUAGGCCUGGACUUAGAUCGUCGUCGACCCCUAUUGGAGGCUCUGAAUUCAGCAGCUGACCAGCUACUGGAGCAGAGCCGGACUGGAGAGGAGGAGGUGAGGGAUGAGAAAGCCCAGCUGAACCGCAGGCUGGAUGGCCUCUCUGAGAGAUUGCAUGGGCGCAUGGCUCAGCUGGAGGAGUUGAACAGCAGGUUGAAAGAGUUUGAAGAUGGUAGACUAGCAGUAGAGAGAAGACUGGAGGCAGCCAGGCAUCAGCUGGAGGUGCAGGAGGCUUUGGGCCCUCAGGCAUGCAGUAACAAGAGUUUGGAGCGCCUGCGAAGCCAGCAGGAGGCUCUCGGCUCCCUACAGCCGCAAGUGGUAUAUCUGCGGGAUCUGGCCAAGGGACUGGCACAGGACGCACCACAGACAACAGGAGGCAGUGGAGAUGGAGGAGAGAAGCUGGUGCAACAGGCUCAGAACACAGAGAGGGAGUUUGGAGAAGUGACAGAGAAGAUUGAGCAGUGUUGCUCUUCCCUUGAGUCACGCCUGCAGGGCGUAGGAGAAGUCCAGUCACACGUCCGUGAUAUCUUCUCACGCCUUGCAGACUUGGACGAUGAGCUGGACAGCCUGAGCCCUGUGGGGCGGGACGUGGACUCCCUUGCCUCACAGGCAGAUGCAAUAAGGGUAUUCCUGGGCCGUCUGGCCUCCCUGCGGAAUGAGCUUGAAGGUCAUGGCGGGGCUUGCACCGCCAUGCUGAGGCGAGAGGGUAGCUCCCCUGAUCUCCUCGCUCUCAGGAGGGAGAUGGAGGCUCUGAAUCGUCAGGCAGCCAAGCUGGCCGAGCGGGGUCAGGGUCGCCUAGCACUCAUAGAAGAAGCUGAGGAGCGAGUGAAGGAGUUCUACUCUCGCCUCACAGAGUUACAGGGGCUACUUGACCGAGCGGAGGAAGGGCUGAACGCACAAGGUGUUGUGGGAACUGAAGUGGACAUCAUCAAGCAACAGCUCCAGGAAUUUAAGGCUGUGGAGCGAGAGCAGAUAGACAGCAUCCAGCCCAAACUGCACCAUGUGAAUGCGGUUGGUCAGGGGCUAAUCCAAAGUGCAGCUAAACACACAGACACACAGGCUCUGGAGCAUGAUCUGGAAACCACCAACCUGCAGUGGAACUCCCUCAACAAAAGGGUCGCUGAGAGAAUCGCUCAGCUCCAGGAAGCCCUUUUGCAUUGUGGGAAGUUUCAAGAUGCUCUGGAACCUCUAUUAAGCUGGUUGAGUGACACAGAAGAGCUGAUAGCCAAUCAAAAGCCUCCAUCAGCCGAGUACCGUGUGGUUAAAGCACAAAUCCAAGAACAAAAGCUGCUGCAGCGGUUGCUGGAUGACCGGCGUGGAACCGUAGAGAUGAUCCGGGCUGAAGGCGAGCGCAUCGCAGCCACAGCAGAGACACAAGACAGAGAAAAGAUCCAGAGACAGCUGCGAUGCUUAGGAGAACGAUGGGCAGACCUACUGGAGAAGGCCAAUGGAAGGCAACGUCAGCUGGAGGAGCUGCAGGUUCUUGCUCUGCAGUUCCAUGAGUCAGUGGAGCCUUUGGGAGAGUGGCUGAGUGCCACAGAGAGGCGACUGAGCUCCGCUGAGCCCAUGGGAACCCAAGCCUCCAAAAUUAGCCAGCAAAUUAGCCGACACAAGGCCCUCCAAGAGGAGGUGUUGUCUCGGGAAAAAGAGGUGGACCAUCUAGAGGCCCUUGGCCAAUCUCUCUCCCCUCUCAGCUGUGCAGCAGACCGCGAUUGGCUCAGUGAGCGAGUCGGAGCAGUGCGCAGUGGGCACACAGAGCUCAGUAAUUGGUGCUCUCGGCGAGCCGCCAUGUUGGAGCAGGCCCUGGCCAAUGCACAGCUGUUUGGGGAGGAGGAGGUGGAGGUGCUGAACUGGCUGGCUGAGGUGGCCCAGCGCCUGGCUGAAGUCUCAGUGCAGAGCUACCAGCCCGAGCUGCUGGCUGAGCAGCACAAAUACACUCUGUCUCUGAAUGAGGAGAUUGUGAGCCGGAAGAAGACAGUGGACCAGGCCAUUAAGAAUGGACAGGCUUUGCUGAAACAGACCACAGGUGAAGAAGUGCUGCUCAUCCAGGAGAAGCUGGAUGGAAUAAAGAGUCGAUAUGCAGAGAUGACAGCAGGCAGCAGCAAGGCCCUCCGUAACCUGGAGCAGGCCCUGCAGCUCGCCACCCGAUUUGCCAGCGCACACGAGGACCUCAACCAAUGGCUUGACUCUGUUGAGGCAGAACUUAAUAACAUGGAACCAGACACAACACCAGCCUAUCAAGAGAGACAGAAGGACCUGAAGUGUGUGUCGGCGGAGAAGCGUCUCAUUCUGGACACAGUUAAUGAAGUGGGCAGUGCACUGCUGGACCUGGUGCCCUGGCGAGCACGUGAAGGUCUGGACCGUCUAGUCGCUGAUGCCAACCAACGCUACCGACAGGCAGACGAGACCAUUACGCAAAGAGUGCAGCUAGUGCAGGCGGCCAUCCAGAGGUCACAGCAGUAUGAGGAGGCUGUGGAUGCGGAACUGGCCUGGGUGGGGGAGACAGAGAGGAAGCUGGCCUCCCUGGGGCCUCUGAGUCUGGAACCUGACGUUACUGUGGCUCAGCUCCAAGUCCAGAGAGCUUUCAACAUCGACAUCAUCCGCCACAAGGACACUGUAGACCAGCUCCUCCACACAAGAGAGGAUAUCCUUGAAAGCUGCAGUGACCAGCAGAGAGAAGCACUGAAGGUAAAGACCGAUUCAUUGAGCAAUCGCUAUGAGGCAGUGAGUCAGAACCAUGCCGAGAGAUUCUCAGCACUGGAACAGGCUCAGGUGCUGGUGGCCCGCUUCUGGGAGACAUAUGAGGAGCUGGACCCAUGGCUGGGUGAGACAGAGGCCCUGAUAACCCAGCUGCCUCCCCCUGCCAUUGACACCGAGGCUCUCCGACAACAGCAAGACCAGAUGAGGCUUCUGAGAGAGUCUAUAGCUGAGCACAAACCCCACAUUGACAAGCUGCUGAAGAUAGGCCCACAGUUGGCUGAGCUUAGUGCCCAAGAGGGAGCAACACUGAGACAGCGCUACAGCGAGGCCGAACGACGCUACCUGGCCAUCAAAGAGGACGUCAAAGGUCGAGCUGGAGCACUGGAUGAGGCCUUCUCUCAGUCUGCACAGUUCCAUGAUAAGAUGGACCCCCUGUUGGAGACCCUGGAGGGAGCAGUGCAGCGUUUGAGGCAGCCUCCUCCUGUGGCAGCUGAAGUGGAGAAGAUCCGUGAACAGCUAGCAGAGCACCGGGCAGCCGGGCUGGAGCUAGACAAACUGCUGCCUUCCUUUAGUGCCCUAUGUACCCGUGGGGAAGAGCUCAUCACCCGUGCGGCACAUGACGACCCUGCUGCUCAGGCGGUGCGCUCUCGGCUCCUGAGACUCCGCUCCCUGUGGGAUGAGAUCAGGCAGAGGGCAGAGGAGAGAGAGGGAAAACUGCAGGAUGUACUGGACUUGGCUGGAAAGUUCUGGGCUGAUAUGGCAGCCCUGCUGAGCACCCUGCGAGACUCCCAGGAAAUUGUGAAAGAGCUGGAGGACCCUGGGGUGGAUCCAUCACUGAUCAAGCAGCAGAUAGAGGCAGCAGAAGCCAUCAAAGCAGAGACAGACGGCCUGAGGGAGGAGCUGGAGAUUGUUCGCACACUGGGAGCUGACCUCAUCUUUGCUUGUGGAGAAACUGAGAAACCAGAGGUCAAGAAGACCAUAGAUGAGAUGAACGCUGCCUGGGAAGGCUUGAACCGCACAUGGAGAGAGAGGAUGGAGAAGCUGGAGGAGGCUAUGACAGCCUCAGUGCAGUAUCAGGACGCUCUGCAGGGUAUGUUCGACUACCUAGACAACGCUGUCAUCAAACUGUGCGACAUGCAAACCGUAGGAACUGACCUCAGCACCGUCAAACAACAGAUAGAGGAGCUCAAGCAAUUCAAGGUUGAGGUUUACCAGCAGCAGAUAGACAUGGAGAAACUGUGCCACCAGGGGGAGCUACUGCUCAAAAAGGUUUCUGACCAAGCAGACAGAGACAUGAUCCAGGAACCUCUCACUGAGCUCAGGCACCUGUGGGACAAUCUGGGAGACAAGAUCACUCUCAGACAGCACAAGCUGGAAGGAGCUCUUCUAGCCCUGGGUCAGUUUCAGCACGCUCUCUCUGAGCUGCAGUCCUGGCUAAGCCACACACAUGCCACCCUGGACACCCAGAGACCAGUCAGCUCUGACCCCAAAGCCAUCGAGAUUGAGCUGGCCAAACACCAUGUGUUGCGCAACGACGUCCUGUCCCAUCGAGCCACAGUGGAGACGGUGAACAGUGCAGGCUCAGAGCUGCUGGAGUCCAGUCCUGGAGAUGAGGCUAGCCACCUGAGAGACCAGCUGGAUGAGCUGAACCGCAGCUGGGACAGCUUACUGCUGAAGACAGAUGAGAGACAGAAACUACUAGAAACGGCGCUGCAGCAGGCGGAGGGUUUCCAUGGUGAGCUGGAGGAGUUCCUGCAGUGGCUGAGACGCACAGAGAGUCAGCUAUCAGCAGCCAAACCCACAGGUGGCCUUCCAGAGACGGCCAGGGAGCAGCUGCAACAGCACAUGGAGCUUCAGGCCCAGUUGACACAGCGUGGUGAACAGUACCACCGAUUGCUAGAUCAGGGAGAGUCCAUGCUGUUGGCCAGAGGGGGUGAAGAAACCAGCCCUGGAACCACCCAAACCCAGCAGAACCUGGCCCUGCUCCAAAACAAGUGGGCUAGUCUGAAUGCCAAGAUGGACGACAGGAGGGCUAAACUGGAGGAGGCAGUAUCACUGGCGACAGGAUUCCAAUCGUCACUGCAGGACACCAUCAACUGGCUGACACAGGCCGAGCAGACUCUGAACAUGGCCCAGCCACCUAGCCUCAUCCUUGACACUGUCCUCUUCCAGAUAGAUGAGCACAAGGUGUUUGUAAAUGAGGUGAACACACACAGGGAGCAGGUGCUGGCUCUGGAGAAGGCAGGAUCUCAGCUGCGCUUUGCCAGCCUCAAACAGGAUGUGGUGCUCAUCAAGAACCUCCUGUUGAGUGUCCAAGCUCGCUGGGACAAGCUGGUGCAGAGGUCUCUGGACAGGGGACGGCACCUGGACGAGGCGCGCAAGAGAGCCAAACAGUUCCAUGAGGCCUGGAGGAAGCUGACAGACUGGCUGGAGGAGGCUGAGAAAAGACUGGACUCUGAGCUGGAAAUCUCUAAUGAACCAGAUAAAAUCAAAGUGCAGCUCACUAAACAUAAGGAGUUUCAGAAGGCUCUUGGUUCUAAGCAGCCAGUAUAUGACACCACUGUUCGCUCUGGGAAGGCCAUGAGAGACAAAGCCACACUGCCAGCUGACACACAGAAACUAGACAACCUCCUUGGGGAGGUCAGAGACAAGUGGGACACUGUGUGUGGGAAGAGUGUUGAAAGGCAGCAUAAGUUGGAGGAGGCUCUACUGUUCUCGGGUCAGUUUGCAGAGGCCCUGCAGGCUCUUGUGGACUGGUUAUACCGCAUAGAGCCACAGUUGGCUGAAGACCAGCCUGUCCAUGGAGACCUGGACCUCGUCUCUAAUCUCAUGGAUUCCCAUAAGGCCUUCCAAAAGGAGCUGGGGAAAAGGACCAGUAGCAUUCAGGCACUAAAACGUUCUGCUCGGGAGCUCAUGGAGACAGGAAGAGAUGAUACUGCCUGGGUCAAAGUUCAGCUGCAGGAGCUCAGCAACCGCUGGGAGACAGUCUGCGCACUCUCUGUGUCCAAACAGACCCGUCUCCAGCAGGCUCUCAAACAGGCUGAGGAGUUCCGCACAGCAGUGCAGAUGUUAUUGGAGUGGCUCUCUGAGGCAGAGCAAACCCUGCGUUUCCGAGGCAUCCUGCCAGAAGAGGUGGAGACUUUGCAGGCCUUGUUACACACACAUCGUGACUUCAUGCAGACCGUGGAAGAGAAGAGAGUGGAUGUGAACAAAGCAGCUGGCAUGGGAGAGGCCAUACUGGCAGUGUGCCAUCCCGACUGUAUCACCACCAUCAAACACUGGAUCACCAUCAUCAGGGCCCGCUUUGAGGAGGUUUUAACCUGGGCGAAGCAGCAUGAGCAGCGGCUGGAGGCAGCACUGACGGAACUACUCAACAAUGCAGCACUGUUAGAAGAGCUGUUAUCAUGGCUGCAGUGGGCGGAGACUACAUUAGUGCAACGUGACACCGAGCCCCUCCCCCAGGACAUCACUCAGCUUAAAACACUGAUCACAGAACACCAGGUCUUCAUGGAGGAGAUGACUCGUAAACAGCCGGACGUAGAUAAAGUGACGAAAACCUACAAGAGAAAACCAUCAGAAACUUCUAGCAGCCUUGCUGAGAGACGGGGUGUCCGUAAGCAGCAACAGCAGCAGCAGCCUGCCAUGCAGGUAACAGGAGGAAACCCUCGUCUUAACCAGCUCUGCUCACGAUGGCAACAGGUUUGGCUAUUAGCCCUGGAUCGCCAGCGCAAGCUCCAUGAUGCCCUCGACAGGCUAGAAGAGCUGAAAGAAUUUGCCAACUUUGACUUUGAUGUGUGGAGGAAGAAGUACAUGCGCUGGAUGAAUCAUAAGAAGUCUCGCGUCAUGGACUUUUUCAGACGCAUCGACAAGGACCAAGAUGGCAAAAUCACUCGGCAGGAAUUUAUCGACGGCAUCCUGGCUUCAAAAUUCCCCACCAGCAAGCUGGAGAUGACCGCUGUGGCUGAUAUCUUUGACCGUGAUGGUGACGGUUACAUUGAUUACUAUGAGUUUGUGGCGGCUCUGCACCCUAAUAAGGAUGCUUACAGACCCACUACAGACGCAGACAAGAUUGAAGACGAGGUCACCAGACAAGUAGCCCAGUGCAAGUGUGCUAAGAGGUUCCAGGUUGAGCAGAUUGGGGAGAACAAGUACAGGUUCUUCCUUGGGAACCAGUUUGGAGACUCUCAGCAGCUGCGUCUGGUACGAAUCCUGCGCAGCACAGUCAUGGUACGGGUGGGAGGCGGCUGGAUGGCGCUGGACGAGUUCCUGGUCAAGAACGACCCUUGCAGAGUGCAACAUCCAGGACUUAAAAUCCUUCGCUCCGACUCCAGCUGCUCCAUAUCAUCUCGUAUAGUGGCAGUCACUCCUGGCUAUUUCUGCUGCAGAGCACGCGGACGUACCAACCUGGAGUUGCGGGAGAAGUUCAUUCUUCCCGAAGGAGCCUCGCAAGGUAUGGCAGCCUUCCGCUCCCGUGGCCGACGCUCCAAGCCUUCAUCACGCACAGCCUCACCAACACGCUCCUCCUCCUCAGCCUCGCAGAGUGCGCAGAGCUGUGCCUCUGUGCCCUCCGCCCCUGCCACACCCACUGCCUCCUCAAGGUCCUCCCAAUCUCAAUCGCGGGGCUAUGCCAAGCCCUGGCUGGCACACAGUAAAACUCCAACUCCAACCAAGUGCCAGUCCUGCCCAGAGCACGGCCACACCCCUGGGCAUGAGGGAGGAUCCACAACCAAGCUUAAAAGGCCACCUUUCCAUUCCAGCCGUGGAUCUCUGACUGGUGAAAAUGGUGGAACCACAUCUGCUGCUAAACCUGCACGCUCUGACAAUAAGCGCACUCCGUCCUCAACCAGCGGACCCGCUAGCCGUGCAGGCAGCCGUGCAGGGAGCAGAGCCAGCAGCCGCAGGGGCAGCGACGCCUCAGAUGCUUCUGAGCUGAUGGAGACUCGCUCAGCCUGCUCUGACACAUCAGACACACCGCGCCGCCCAGGCAGCAAACCCUCGAAAAUCCCUACCAUCUCCAAGAAAACCCCCAGUCCUAAAACACCAACGACUAAGAAGUAGCGGGUUUUCACCAUAAACAGGUGGAGACAGGGGACAGCAUUCAUACUGCAUGCCACUCGAGCUACCCGGCCACCAGCACUGACAUGUGGGAUUGAUGAGAAUAGACAUCUCUAACUAUUCCAGCUGUUCUAAAAAAAAAAAAACAUCUGGACACUGCUGAACCCAGAACUGUCCCCUAAAACAAAUAUAACAGUGCUGCCUUAUUUGUGUUACAAUUUGUCUGACUUCAUAGUUUCUUGAACAUGUGACUGAGCUGGAAAGCACCCAACACGUACGCACAUGGACACAUGGAGUGGCACUAACCGCUGGACCUUGGGAUUUUUAUCUCAGCCCCGUCAAUAUGCAAUGGCAAGCCACUCUUUAGCGCUGAGACUGGGAGAUGGUACAGCCACGAUUCCUAUACGGACUCUCAUAGGCACACAUUUCUUUAGGAUUUCUGUGAAAAGAACAGUGGUAGUGAUUCUGACCUUUUCUCCACUGUAUGCAAAGCUACUUGUUGUUAGCAAAUUUUAUUCUGAAAUGACUCGAGAACCUCACAAAGUAUUCUGCACCUAGACCAUGUGGUGUGUGUGGUUUGUGUGCUAGUUUCUUUCCUAGUGGACAAAAACCGAACAACAAUUCAAGGAAGCGGUGAACGAUUCAUCAUCUCAUCCUUGACAGUGAGUCAGAAGCUUGGUCAUGUGACCGCAGCUUCACUUGUCCCGACAAAGGGUCCACUAACGCUCACUGACGGCAUCCGACGUCCACCUGAUGUCCAUGUGUUUCUUUCUACAUUCAGCAAACGAAGAAAGUCCUAAAUCCUGGGAGCACUUAAGUGACUCUUACAGCAAUUUCACACAUGCACUGACAUUUUCUUUCCUUUUAAGCCUGACGCUAAUAUAUCAGGCAUACUCACCUGUGUGUUUUAACCAUGAUUAGUUACACAUAUCAUGUUACAGAGAUCUUUUAGUUGCUUCACAUUAUGAGAAACCCUUCAAGAAAUUGUGAAUGUUUCAUGGUUAAUUUAUAAUCCUAAUGUAUUUUUGUUUUGCUUGUUUCUUUUCUAGUGUAAAAAAAAACGAUGUGUAUUUAUUUUUCAUUACAGUAUAAUUUCACAUUCUGGGGAACUCUAGUAUUACAUUACAUCUGCUAACGUUUUUGUGCUUUUUGUCUUUCUGCCUUUGUUCUAACGAUUUUUCUGAUAAUGGUCAUUACUGAUAUAAUGGACCACGAAGCUGACUGAUUUCAAUGGUGGCCUUUUUGCCAGCGAUUACAGCCUCUAGAUUAUGUCCAAAUUGGCUUCCUACUUUGUAGCCGGAAGCUCGUAUAGAAAGUCAGAUUGUGGGGUUCGACCACACGCCCCAUGACAUGACUGUUCACAUAGCCUUGUCUUUGACAAGCUGAAGCAUAUGAAUAUCUAAUGAAAGUGAAAUUGGAAGGUAAUUUUUAUUUAUUUAUUGUGUCUAAGGGAGGGGAGGGGGGUAAGGGCUAUGAAACGGAUUCACCUUUUGAGUCUGUGCAACUCUCUCAGUAUGAUGAAAAGAUAAAAGAGCAGGGUGCGAUUGUGUACAAGUGAAAAGUAAAAAUUAUAAAUUCUUUUUUUUUUGUUCUCUUUUGUAUUAAAAUUAUGCUUGCAGUAAAUCUCA